AUGGGCUUUACGCCCGAUAUCGCCGAAGGCUCGCCCUUCACACUUGCCAACAUCCCCUUCGGCGUGUUCUCUACAGCCGCCGCUCCGCAGACACGCUGCGCGACUGCCGUCGGCGACUUCGCGCUUGACCUCCGUCAACUGAGCGAACAAGCCAUCUUCAAAGACCAGCAAGUCAGCGACGCGUUUGGCCAUCAUGAUCUCAGUAUCUUCGCCGCCCUGCCGGGAACCGUGCGGACAGCUGCCAGACAGCAGAUAAUCGAUGCCAUCAAGGCCGGAUCAGUUGGCGAGAAGUGUUUCGUCCCACUCAAAGACGUGAAGAUGCACCUCCCCAUGGAGUGCAAGGGCUACACCGACUUCUUCUGCUCGUGGGAACACUGCAGCAACUGCGCCCCCAUGAGCUCGGGCAAGAUCCCCGACAACUUCUUCAACGCCCCCUCGGCCUACAACGGCCGCGCCUCGAGCGUCAUGCCGUCCCCGCACAAGCUGAACCGCCCCAAAGGCACCUACUGGGACGCGUCCGCCGAGCCCAAGAAGGCCGUCCACGCCCCCUCGCGAGCCGUCGACUACGAGCUCGAAAUGGCCACCGUCGUGUCCAAGCCGCUCCCCUACGGCUCGACCCUCGCCUCGGCCUCGGCCGCCGCCGACCACAUCUUCGGCCUCGUCCUCCUCAACGACUGGUCCGCGCGCGACAUCCAGCGCUUCGAGAUGCCGCCGCUGGGGCCCUUCAACUCCAAAGCCUUCGGCACCACCGUCUCCCCCUGGGUCGUCACGCUCGACGCCCUGGCGCCCUUCGCCGUCGCGCCCAAGCACCCGCAGACGCUCGCCUCUCCCCUUCCCUACCUGCAAUACGACAAGGACGACGACGACGACAGCAGCAGCAGCGGUGCCGGUGCCGGUGCCGGCGCCGGCGCCGCGACCGCGACCUUCGACGUCCGCCUGUCCGCGCACCUGCUCCGCGGCGGGCGGCGGCACCGGCUGUGCGCCAGCAACCUCGCGUACCUGCUGUGGACGCCGUUCCAGCAGCUCGCGCAGCAGGCGUCGUCCGGGUGCGGCCUGCGCACCGGCGACCUCGUCGGCACCGGCACCGUGUCGGGCGACGCGGCCGACGCGCGCACCGGGCGCAAGACGGAGCUGGCCUGCCUGUUCGAGGCGACGCUGGACGGGGCGCGGCCGCUCGCCCUCGCGACCGGCGGCGGCGACGGCGACGGCGACGGCGAGCGGCUGGCCUAUCUGGAGGAUGGCGAUGCGGUCGUGUUGGAGGGGAGGUGCGUGGACGGGGAGGGGAGGACGGUGCUGGGGUUUGGCGAGUGCGUGGGGGAGCUGCUGCCGCCGGUCGCUUGA